CCAGCGGGCUCUGCAGGAGGUACAGAUUCUUCCCCCACGUAUCCAGAAUGCUUUCCAAACUGAUCCAGAGACGCACCCUGGGUGUUUUCUAUGGCAAUGUGAAAGUGUCUAUGAGCUCUGCCACAACUGCUGCCACAGAGAAACCAGCGGAUGAAGCUUUAUCAUCGGAAUGUGUGUUUGAACGGGAAUCCAAAUACGGAGCGCACAACUACCACCCUCUGCCUGUAGCACUUGAAAGAGGAAAAGGCGUGUAUGUUUGGGAUGUCGACAGGCGGUAUUUUGAUUUCCUCAGUGCCUACAGUGCUGUGAAUCAGGGGCACUGCCAUCCAAAGAUCCUCAAUGCACUGAAAGCCCAGGCGGACAAACUCACUCUCACUUCCAGAGCUUUCUACAAUGACGUGCUGGGCGAAUAUGAGGAAUAUGUUACAAAGCUCUUCGGCUACAACAAAGUGCUGCCCAUGAACACCGGUGUUGAAGGUGGAGAAACAGCAUGCAAGCUGGCCAGAAAGUGGGCCUACACCGUGAAAGGGAUCCCCAAGUACAAGGCCCAGAUUAUCUUUGCAGCCGGAAACUUUUGGGGGAGGACAAUGUCUGCAAUAUCCAGCUCUACAGACCCAUCUAGCUACGAGGGUUUUGGACCAUUCAUGCCAGGGUUUAAAAUUAUUCCUUACAAUGACCUUCCUGCUCUUGAGCGAGCGUUACAAGACCCCAAUGUUGCUGCUUUCAUGGUUGAGCCAAUUCAGGGGGAGGCCGGCGUGAUUGUUCCAGACGAUGGCUACCUGACAGGGGUGCGGCAACUGUGCACUGCACACAAUGUGCUAUUCAUUGCUGAUGAAGUACAAACGGGCCUGGCUAGAACAGGCAAGAUGCUAGCAGUGGACCAUGAAAAUGUCCGCCCAGAUAUUGUGAUACUUGGGAAGGCCCUGUCUGGAGGAGUUUACCCAGUGUCUGCUGUUCUGUGUGAUGAUGAAGUCAUGCUGACCAUAAAACCGGGAGAACACGGAUCUACCUACGGUGGAAAUCCUCUGGCGUGUCGCGUGGCAAUGGCUUCUCUAGAGGUCAUUGAAGAGGAGAAGCUGGCAGAAAAUGCAACCGCAAUGGGAGAGCUGCUGAGAGCAGAGCUGAUGAAGACUCCAUCUGACAUAGUGACGGCUGUAAGAGGGAAAGGCCUACUGAACGCCAUUGUCAUAAAGGAAAGCAAAGACUGUGACGCAUGGAAGGUGUGCCUCCGGCUACGUGACAACGGGCUUUUGGCCAAACCCACCCACGGCGAUAUAAUCCGACUGGCUCCUCCUCUAACCAUCAAGGAAGACGAGAUUAGAGAAUGCACUGAAAUCAUCCACAAAACCCUGCUGUCUUUCUAAGCAGCCAGUCACUCCCUUGGUGUCAUGUCGUCUUAUGUUGCACGUUCCGUCACUCAUGUCUCUGAUUGGAUGGUGUGUUGUUACUGAGACUAUUCUGGGGCUUCCUGGAAUUGGUUGUACUGGAACUAAAGGUCACUGGAAGAUCAGCCUGAGCUGUGCUUCCCUGAUGCUUCGGUGCAAACUCCUGUACAGUAGCGCAGUCACCGCUGCAGAUGCAACAGUGUCACUGGCUUUGUCUGUGCCCAAAAGCCCUGCAAAGUCACUGGCCCUGAUGCAUUUAGCAAGCAUGAUUGUCUGUAUGUAGUGCAGAGGGGGCAGAAUAGUUCAGUCUGAGUCAUGGGUCGCCCCCUGCCCUGAAUUAGUGUAUAGUUUUAUAUGUGGUGCAGGUCUUAGUGCAUUUAAAUUAACAGGACUUUAUUUAAUAUUUAGCUUAAUAUAAGAUAAACUACAUUUAUUGCUUUGUAAUGAUGAAAAGAAAUAAAGAUGAAUUCUCUAAUUCCC